AUGUCCAGCAAAGGCGACGUUGAUCUCCGCGAUGGGCUCUCCGCAGCACAGAUCUUCGAGAACCGUGAGGGGUUGACUUACAAUGAUUUCCUUUUGCUACCCGGAUAUAUAGAUUUCACUGCUGAUGAAGUAGAUCUAACCUCGCCUCUUACAAAAAAAAUUAACCUGAAAUCGCCGCUAGUUUCCGCGCCUAUGGACACCGUGACUGAAGCCGACAUGGCGAUAGCGAUGGCGCUGUGUGGCGGUAUCGGCAUCAUCCACCACAACUGCACUCCAGAGUACCAGGCCAAUGAAGUACACAAAGUGAAGAAGUACAAGCAUGGCUUCAUUAGGGACCCUGUUUGCAUGGGCCCUGAAAAUAUCGUGGCUGAUGUUCUCGAAGCUAAGAAGAAAAAUGGUUUUACUGGAUACCCUAUCACUGAAAAUGGCAAACUGGGAGGACGCCUAAUUGGUAUAGUCACUUCCAGAGACAUUGACUUCAGGGAAAACGACCCACAAUUAAGUCUCAAGGAAGUUAUGACACCCAUUCAUGAUAUGAUAACCGCUCAGUCUGGUGUUACUUUACAAGAUGCAAAUUACAUCCUGGAAAAGAGCAAGAAAGGUAAAUUGCCAAUUAUCAAUGGAGAUGGUGAGCUAGUGGCCCUCAUUGCUCGAACAGACUUGAAGAAAGCUCGCAGCUAUCCUAAUGCUUCCAAGGAUUCUAACAAGCAGCUUUUAGUGGGAGCUGCAAUUGGCACUCGCGAAACUGACAGAGAACGCCUCAAGUUGCUGGUCAACAAUGGAGUAGACGUGAUAGUCCUAGAUUCAUCACAAGGUAACUCAGUAUAUCAGAUUGAGAUGAUCAAGUACAUUAAAAAGACCUACCCUGAGAUACAAGUUAUUGGUGGCAAUGUUGUGACUAGAAUACAAGCCAAGAACCUUAUUGAUGCUGGUGCUGAUGCCCUGAGAGUUGGAAUGGGUAGUGGCUCUAUCUGCAUAACCCAAGAAGUGAUGGCAUGUGGCUGUCCUCAAGCUACAGCUGUGUACCAAGUGUCAUCCUAUGCUCGCCAAUACAAUGUACCAGUCAUUGCCGAUGGUGGUAUCCAGUCUGUAGGCCAUAUCGUCAAAUCAUUAGCAUUGGGAGCUACAACUGUCAUGAUGGGUUCUCUACUGGCUGGAACAUCUGAAGCCCCUGGAGAAUAUUUCUUUUCUGAUGGUGUCAGGUUGAAGAAAUACAGAGGUAUGGGCAGCUUAGAAGCUAUGGAAAACAAAGAUGGAAAGGGAGCUGCAAUGAGCAGAUAUUUCCACAAGGAAUCCGACAAACAUAGAGUAGCACAGGGAGUGAGUGGUAGCAUCGUAGAUAAGGGCUCAGUCUUGCGCUUCCUGCCAUACUUACAAGCGGGAAUGCAACACAGUUGCCAAGAUAUUGGAGCUCGAUCAGUCACCAUUUUACGGGAAAUGAGCUACUCUGGAGAUCUGAGAUUCAUGAAGAGGACUUACUCCGCCCAGUUAGAAGGAAAUGUACACAGCUUGUUCUCCUAUGAGAAACGGUUAUUCUAA